AUGGCCGACUCAAGCAAGCAGAAUAUCAAGGAGGGACUGAAACGAAGGCGCGUCACCCGCGCGUGUGACAGUUGUCGAGUCCUGAAAUCCAAGUGCGACGGCCAACGGCCCGUCUGCGGACGAUGCGCGGGCUAUGGAUAUUCUUGUCGCUGGAACGUCCCUUCGACCCGGAGGCGACAUUCUGAGAGCCGCCAGACGCAACUGAGCCUCCUUGCCGCAAACGACGAGAUCCAGAAAUUGAGACAAGCCAUCAGAAGAUACGACUUUCUCAUUCAAGGGUUGCGUAACAGUCUCCCGGAGAACGACCGAAAGGCCAUCGACUUGGGCGUAUCAGCCAUCCAACUCCCUUCCUUGUCGCCCGAACCGGCAGACACUGGCACCACCAGCCACUCGUCUCCGAGUCAGUCUCUGCCUGACCAAGAAUCAGCCUCCGUCCUGUCGCGCCGGUUUCUAGGCGAAGCCAGUGACAUCACGUUCUUCAACACGAUGAAGCAGGCGCUCACUCUUCGCUCCGAGGCUGAACAGUCUGAAGGCGAUAAUUUGGCCGCGCAGCUUGAUAGCUACGAACAAGAUGGAGCCCUGCGUACGGCCUGUGCAGACAGCGCAGCCGAAUCCCUCCCUCCCAGAGCUAUUGCGGACAAGUUUCUUGAAAUCUACUUCUCGACCAUUCACAUGGCUUACCCUUUCAUUUGGGAGCCCGUCUUCAGGCAGAAGUACGACGCCUUCUGGGGUUCUGAUUCCCUGCAGAAUUUUCGUGGACCUUGGCUGUCUGUGCUUCUGACAAUUUUUGCCAUUGGGGCGUGCUACGAAACGUUUGCCGAUACGUGCGAGAGAAGCUCCAAGCUUCACCAACAUCAUCUUUGGUUCGACCAAGCAGUCUCCAUUUCACAAUCAAAUGAAAAAGAACAGGGCAUGGAUUACAUUGCUGCACUGCUUGCCCAGUGCUUUUACCUACUAGCAACCUGUCAAACGGAUCGGGCUUGGACGACGUUAGGGAAAGCAGUCAGGAGCUCUCAAAGCAUCGGUCUCCACACAGAGGAUGACAAGCGACUCGCAUCGGCCAGUUUGGAGCGAGUUUCAGUGGUUGAGAAUCGCCGGCGCCUAUGGUACUCACUCUAUGUCCUCGAUCGUCUGCUCUCGUUGCAGCUCGGACGGCCUCCAGCCAUUCACGACGAGGACUUCAAAGUCGCAUAUCCGUCCAAAGCCUCCGAUAUAUCGAUAUCGAAUGGCACGGCUGAGUCUAGGAGGAACCUGAACCCCAAGGACCAGGAAUGCUCCGAUGGCGAAUACUUCGUUGCCAUGAUUCAGUUCUCUGGAAUCAUUGGACGCGUCUUCUCCCUCCUCUACGGGCCCAACCGGACCGACAACGCUGUGCUGGCGCUUUCUACCAUUCAGAGUCUGGAUCAUGAUCUACAGCAAUGGCGAGCGAGUCUGCCACGCGCGCUGAGAUUCGAUCUCGCUCACAUUUUUCAGAAGUCGACAAUAUUGAAACGCCAGAGGAACAUGUUGGCCAUCAAAUUUUACAACCUGCAGGCCCUGAUCCACCGACCGUUGCUGUCACCCUCGCGAUUUCUGCGCUCGUGUCCCGACCCAUUGGCCUUCUACCAAGCUGAGAGAGGACGGAUUGUGCAGUCGAAGAAGAAGUGCGUCGUGGCCGCCCAGCACACCGCUCGCCUCCUCCACAACGUGGCGGACAAGAAGCAGUUGAUCUACGACUUUCCCUGGUGGCAGAUGAUCUCGUGCCUGAUCUGCGCGACCUCGAUUCUGUUAGUAGCGAGUCUCUGUAUGGGCGGCGACGGCGGUGAGGUCGAAGACAUCGAUUGGCUUGCCGUGGACGAAGACGCCGACGUCUGUCUCACCGUUUUUCGCGAAUUGAGCACCAAUUCCAAUGCCGCCCGGUUGGCGGAGAAGAUGAUGCAGGGCCUCAAAGAGACCCGGCUCAACCCUCAAGGUACGGAGUAUUUGUUUUGA